AAUAAAAUAAAAUAUCUAUUCCUUAUUUCACAAACCUUUUAGCAAUAAAAGCCUUCAGUGCCGCGCAAGACUCUAACCCUUUCGACACGACCGUGAUACCAUCCUUCGUUCCCACCGGCGGCGGUGGCGGCUGCGAUCUCAGUUAUCUUUUCCAGCUACAACAGAAUCUCCGCCUUAAGCCAUGAGGAAGAAGAAAAAUGGGUUUAGGAGACCUGUUAUCAUCAAGAAGAAGCAACAGCAACAGCAACAGCAGCAGCAACAUCAGCCCACAGUGGAUCCUAUUACGGGAAAGAAGAUCCCAAAAAGUUUUGUGUUUUCACGAGGGAAGUUGCCAGGUCCUCUCAAACAGCUUCAGAUGGACAUCAGAAAGUUAAUGCUUCCAUAUACUGCUCUCAGCCUCAGGGAAAAGAAACGGAAUAAUCUAAAAGAUUUUCUGAAUGUUGCUGGACCUAUGGGUGUAACACAUUUCCUCAUACUGUCAAAAACUGCAACUGCAUCUUACUUGAGGGUUGCAACUACCCCACAAGGACCCACUCUUACGUUUAAGAUACAUGAAUACUCAUUGGCAGCUGACAUUGCUCAAUCUCAAUUGCAUCCUCGAUGCCCUAAAGAUCUUUUUAAAAAUUCUGCUUUGAUUGUACUUUCUGGAUUUGUGAGUGGAGAUCUUCCUCUGCGGCUUACAACUAACAUGUUUCAGAAUAUAUUUCCAACAAUUGAUGUUAAAACUGUCAAACUCUCCUCUUGCCAAAGGAUCGUGUUGCUUAAUUACAACAAAGACACCAAGCUCAUUGAUUUUCGGCAUUAUUCCAUAAGAUUACAACCUGUAGGUGUCUCACGCAGAAUAAGAAAACUUGUGCAGAGCCAUCAGGUGCCUGAUCUUAGGAAUCUUCAAGAUGUGAGCGAUUUUGUUACAAAGGCUGGUUAUGGAUCAGAAAGUGAAGCAGAUGAAGAAGCAGCAACAGUGACUCUGUCAAGUGAUAUUGGUAGAGUUAACCGUGCUUCUACAAAAAGUGCUGUCAAACUUCAAGAGGUUGGUCCCAGGAUGACUCUUCAACUAGUUAAGGUUGAGAAGGGGCUGUGUUCGGGUGAAGUCCUCUUCAGUGAAUAUGGAAAAGCUGGUGACAAAGGAAAAAGUGAUGAUGAGAUGCAGGACAGUCAGGAUGGAGAAGAUUCAGAAUGUAGUGAAGAUGAAGGUCAAGACGGAGAAGAUCCAGAGGGUAGUGAAGGUGAUGAACAACUUGAUUAGGAGCAUAGUGGUAAUGGGGUGGUUUAGUAUUGUAAAAGUUGUCUAGUAGCUCCAUAACACCACAGAACUGAAAACAAGUCACCGGAAAUUUUUCGUGAAGCAUUCCAGUGGCUGUGAUAUACUAUUUAUUUGUUUUUGUUAAAUUAUAUAAAUUUAGAGUAAUCAAA